CGUGACGCCAGGGCUUUUCCGCGGUGGCUCUUAUAUUUAUUUAUUUAUAAUGUUAGAAACUCGAUUAAAUCGCAGUUUUCUCCUUCAUAAAGUUACAUUCGUUUUAUAGUAGAUCAAAAAGUCGCAGUUUACUUUGUGCUUGCAUAUUAAUAACAGAGGACGAUAAUGACGUAAACAGACAGGCUCGUUUUCGUUUUUAAUCAAGAUUUGUUCAACUUAGACAGUUCAAGUUAAAUUAAAAUAGAUUUUAAUACAAACUCAGUUUGGGAGAGUCAAGAGAGUUUAAAGCGGAUACUGUAACUCGUGUUGUGUAGUGCGACCAGUGUUAAAGUUUCUCUGCAGCAGUGAGAGGUUAUUUUAUUGACCACACAGAGUCUGUGUUCCCUGUAUCUAUAUACAAACUGCGAUCUUCUAUCGUUUCUUCGGUUCAGUGGAAUGACGGACGUGGACGACGACGUGCCGCUCAUUCUGACCUGGGACGAUGUGACCAGCGGGCUACUGCAGGAGGAUGAAAAUGGAGUAGGAAAUUAUGAUAUUGUAAAUAAUGUCGCCAUUCCAACCCCAGGAGCAGCAGAUCCAAGGGGCCAGAAUACUCUGCAUCAGAGCUGGGAAAUGAACUACCAAGAAGCAGCAAUAUACCUGCAGGAGGGAGAGAAUAAUGACAAGUUUUUUACUCAUCCGCGGAAUGCUCAAGCGCUCAGAGCCUACCUGUUUGCUCAUAAUCAUCUCUUCUAUGUGAUGGAGCUGCUGACUGCAGUGUUACUCAUGAUGCUAUCCCUCUCUGAAGCUCCUGCUGUCCCGUUCCUUCGUCUGGACGUCUAUGUCCAUGCUACACUGGAGUUGUUGGCAUUGGUGUUGGUGGCCUUUGAGUUGUGUAUGAAGCUCCGAUGGCUUGGGUUUCAUACCUUUAUACGACAUAAGAGGACCGUGGUGAAGACCUGUGUCCUGUUUAUUCAGUUCAUAGAGGCGAUUGUGGUCUUAGUUCGGCAGACAUCCCACCUGCGAAUAACGAGAGCACUGCGGCCGAUCUUUCUGGUUGACUGCCGUUACUGUGGAGCUGUGCGAAGAAACCUGAGGCAGAUAUUUCAGUCCCUUCCACCCUUCAUUGAUAUUCUCCUGCUCCUGCUUUUCUUCAUGGUUAUCUUUGCCAUUCUAGGAUUCUGUCUGUUCUCAGCCAACACAGCCGACACUUAUUUUAAAACACUGGAGGACAGCAUUGUCAGUCUAUUCGUCCUUCUGACCACCGCAAAUUUUCCAGACGUGAUGAUGCCAGCAUAUUCAAAGAAUCGUUGGUCAUGCAUUUUCUUCAUUGUCUAUCUGUCCAUCGAGCUCUACUUCAUCAUGAAUCUGCUCCUGGCAGUUGUUUUUGACACUUUUAAUGGAGUUGAGAAGAUGAAGUUUAAAUCUCUGCUUCUACACAAGCGAUCUGCCAUUGAGCAUGCAUUCCAGCUGCUGGUUAGUCGACAGAGGCCAGAUGUAGUGUCUCUGAAACAGUUUGAUGGACUGAUGCGAUUCUAUCGUCCACAAAUGUCUACACGGGAUCGUUUCCUUACUUUUAAAUCCCUUAACCAGUCAGGCGCAACCAUGUUGAGCCUUCAGGAUUUUUAUAAGUUUUAUGAAGUCAUUGGGCUGAAAUGGCAGGCUAAACGGAGUGAAGAGCACUGGUUUGAUGAUCUUCCUCAUAGUGCAUUCCUCAUAUUCAAAGGAAUCAAUUUACUUGUAAACUCCAAAGCUUUCCAAUAUGCAAUGUAUCUGGUAGUAGCAACUAAUGGCAUCUGGAUCCUAGUUGAGACAAACAAAUUACAUGGGAGCUCUUCUCUCCUCACAGAAGGGGUCUCUUGGACUCGUGUUGUCCCCUUGAGUUACAUUAUUUUCCUCACAAUUUACGGAGUUGAGGUCUUAUUGAAGAUGUCAGGCCUUGGUCCUAUGACAUACUUCAGCUCAGGAUGGAACCUCUUUGAUUUCUCAGUAACUGUCUUUGCCUUUCUGGGAUUGAUUGUUCUGGCCUUUGAAAUGGAGCCAUUCUACUUCAUUGUGGUGUUGAGACCACUUCAGCUUCUCCGGUUGUUUAAAAUUAAGCAGCGUUAUCGGAAUGUUCUGGACACAAUGUUUGAGCUCUUCCCACGUAUGGCCAGUCUAGGUCUAACUCUCAUUAUCUUCUAUUAUUCAUUUGCCAUUGUUGGAAUGGAGUUUUUCGCUGAUGCUGUUUAUCCAAACUGCUGCAACACUAGCAAUGUUGCUGACUCGUAUCGUCAGAUUAAUGUAACCUUUGGCAAUGGGACAAAGCUGGAGGAGGGAUAUUACUAUCUCAAUAACUUUAAUAACAUCCUGAGCAGCUUUGUCACGCUGUUUGAGCUAACAGUGGUGAACAACUGGUACAUCACUAUGGAGGGUGUGACAUCACAAACUACUCACUGGAGUCGCCUCUAUUUCAUGACCUUUUACAUCGUCACUAUGGUUGUCAUGACGAUAAUUGUGGCUUUCAUACUGGAUGCAUUUGUCUUCAGGAUGAACUACAGUCGGAAGAACAGAGAACCUUUGGGUGACCCAGAAGGUGAAAAGGGGAUUGUGUUUGAGACAGAGGUGUCUCAGACUGAAGCUCUACACACUCUGGACUUGUAUAAACACACAUUUUGCAUCAGCAAUCUGAGCUCACUUCAGGACAUGUGUGUGGCGCUGGAGCGGAGUGAGCAAUCAUCAUUAGUGUUUCUGGGUCGAAGGUCACGUACCAAGAGUGACCUCAGCAUGAAGAUGUAUGAGGAGGAGAUUCAGGAAUGGUACGAGGAAUCUUCCAGAACAAACCUUCAACCUGAUGAGACAUUCCACAGAGAUCUGGACAGUCGUGAAGCUAGUGCAACAGACAGUAUUAACUAAGUAACUUGCACAUACUCUUAACAGAGCAAUAUAAUUAACUAAUUCACACUCUCGUACAUCUGAGGGUCCUUGGGACCCUCUUCCAUUAAUGGAAAGCACAUGUGCUCGCCAUGACAAAACUGGCGUUCACCAUGACAUAUCAAUUAACCUUCCUUUCACAUGGAGACCUAUAGAACUUCUUCACUUUAAGCCUUAGUUCCCAAUUUUCUUACGGUUCUGUGGCCUAUCAGGGAAUCUUGAAGACCAAUCAUUUGGCAUGCACUACGUCCAGGAACCUUUUUCUUCCACGAAAUGCACCUCAUGACAUUUGCCUUGUGUUGGAUGACCUUGAAUGAUUCAGACUCUCUCAUGGAUUUGACAAAUGGAGAGCAGUGAUUGAAUGUUUUUGUGGCUGAUGAAUCAGAACUGAAUGUGAGGAUUUUAAGACUAAAAUGAAUGUGUCUUUCUCUGGACUCUGAGGUAUUGCUUAACCAACAGAUAUAAGAUAAUAAUAUUACGUUAAUGAUGGUUUUAAACUAAAGCUGCUUUUUGCUAGAACCUUUGGACCUAUUGAGAGUUUUUUUUUUGUCAUAUUAUAUAUACGUGAAUAUAUAUAUUGUAUAUACCUACAUGCAUACAGUCUGGGAUCUUGGACAUAUGGUGUAAGCUUGGAAUGUUUGGAUCUCUCAGUUCAUUCAAAAUUUGUCACCCAAAUAAAUUUUAAGUCACUAUUGUUUUAGAACCAAAUUGUAAAGCUGAGACUCAUUUUACAGAUCCCUUAUGAUGUAAUUCUCACCCCCAAGCAGUCUUCAGUAUCCAGUUCAGAUAAAAUGUAGUCAAAAUCACACAGUUGUAUUCCACCCUUAUCCUACCAUCCUAGAAAGUCUGUGAAUGCAAAUCUACAUUUUUCUUUAUGUAAAUGAAACUGUAGAUGGUGAGGAUGAUGAUGAUGACAAAUUUAAUGGACAUCUUUGUCCCUAUGAUGGUUUUACACACAGAGCUUCAAAAUAGUUUAUUUACAUUAAGAUAAACAUUUCUGUUUCACAAGCUUCUCACCCGUUAGCGGCAUUGUAUGAGUGAUUUUUAAAAUAGAGGGUGAGGGAAGAAAUAUGAAACCUCAUUAAUUAUUGUUUACUGUUGUCUAGACUAGAGGAUCUGAUCUGGAGAGCCUGCUGUGAUAAUCUUGAAUGUAAGGGAACAUGAUGCGUACUUGAUCUGACAAAAGUAACACAAAUCACACCAGCUUCUCUCACAUUGUUGGGUUUACCUGUGUCUCAGUUCUCUGUGCUUGUUCUUUUGUACAUGUACAACAAUUCUACAGAUCUAGUAAAUUAUUCAAUUUAAUGAAACCUCUUUGGAUUUUAUUUAUUAAUAGGACAGUUUUUGAUAUAUGAUUUAUGCCACAGCUCCUCUUUGUCUGAGACACUGGCUGUAUCCGAAGGUGCCCUUGAUGCCCUUCAAACCGGUGACUUUACUGUAGGGUUACAAUGGUAUGAGAUUUUCACGGUAUGAUAACAGUCUCAGAAAAUAUUACAGUAUCAUGUUAUACGGUAUUACACAAUUAGUAUUAUUAGUGAAAAC